CCCAUUUCGAUUCUAAUUAGGGUGGCCGCGCCUAUUUCCCCUUCUUCUCGUAAAUUACUGUUUUCUUAAAACCCACCUCUGGCAGCUGGGGUUUUAGUAGUUGUAUUUUCCAUCGAAGAACAGAGGCAAAACUUAAUACCUUUUUCUCUUUGCUUCUCAGAACUACACAGCGGAGGAACUUGAGGGGAAAAUCUAAAACUAAGAAGAAUGGUGUUUGGUCAAGUAGUGAUUGGCCCCCCUGGUUCCGGCAAAACCACUUAUUGCAAUGGCAUGUCUCAAUUCCUCCAACUUAUUGGACGGAAAGUUGCUGUUAUCAAUUUGGAUCCGGCUAAUGAUUCUUUACCAUAUGAAUGUGCUGUGAAUAUUGAGGAUCUAAUUAAGCUGAGUGAUGUAAUGGCUGAACAUUCUCUUGGUCCCAAUGGAGGCCUUGUAUAUUGCAUGGACUAUCUCGAGAAGAAUAUUGACUGGUUAGAGUCUAAGUUAAAACCUCUCCUUAAAGAGCACUAUCUUCUGUUUGAUUUCCCGGGUCAGGUGGAACUAUUUUUCCUUAAUGAGAAUGCGAAGAAAAUGAUAAUGAAACUUAUAAAGAAGUUAGAUCUUAGGUUGACCGCAGUCCAUUUAGUUGAUGCCCAUCUUUGCAGUGAUCCAGGGAAAUAUGUGAGUGCAUUGCUCCUCUCAUUAUCAACUAUGUUACACUUGGAGCUUCCGCAUGUCAACGUUCUGUCUAAGAUUGAUCUUAUUGAAAGCUAUGGAAAGCUAGCUUUUAACCUGGACUUCUACACAGAUGUCCAAGAUUUAUCGUAUUUGCAGUAUGAGCUCGGUCAGGAUCCUCGCUCUGCUAAGUAUAGAAAGCUUACAAAGGAGCUUUGUGAGGUGAUAGAAGAUUUUGGAAUCGUCAACUUCACGACUUUGGAUAUUCAGGAUAAAGAGAGUGUUGGAAAUCUAGUUAAACUGAUUGACAAGACCAAUGGAUACGUAUUUGCUGGAAUAGAUGCAAGCGCUGUUGAAUUCAGCAAAAUUGCAGUUGGUCCUGUUGAUUGGGACUACUACAGAGUUGCAGCAGUGCAGGAGAAAUACAUGAAGGAUGACGAAGACACUGAUAACUAGGAGUAGUGAAACAAAAUAUUGCUUCACUGGGAAAUGAUGGGCACAAUGUGGAUUUCCUGACCUUUCUGGAUACUGCAAACUAGGAGUGCGGCGCUCAUUUUUGUGCGCUCUCAUCCGUGUUUAGUCAUUACUAAAGUUUCUUUGCAGUAAUGAAAUGCACCUAGUCAUUUUUAUGAAACUUUUGUGUACAACUGAAUAUAUGGAUAGGUUCCUCUGUAUUUGUUGUACGCAGGGUUUUAGCAAUCCUCUGAUUUCAACAUGCAUUUUCCGUCAUUCUAAUACUAGCAAAUGUUGCUCAUCAA